CCGUCUUUGCGCCACCACCUUCUCAUCUAUCAUAUGCUCUUCUGCAAGCCUGCUCCGAUCGCUUUGGUUUCACAAACCCUAGAUCCUAUUUUUCUCUCUCCCUCGCUGCGAUCCGAGAUCGAAAAAGUUUAGACCUUUAGAUUCUUUUGUUUCUUGAUUUCACCCAUGACUUAGCUCGGAUCAAUCUGAAAAUCCCGAUUUCUUGAUUUUUCUUCCGUUAUUUAAUAAGAAAGGCUCCAUCUUUCGAUCCAAACUAGAGAAGGCGUUGUAGGUGCCAUAUCCGACCGGUCGGAUGGGGAGACUUGCGUAAAGAAAUAUGGUAUCUUUGUUCUGGAGGAAAUUAGGGUGUUGAGGAUGGUAACGGAGAGUUCCGUCAAGAUGGCGCCAGCAACCCUAACGAAUGGGAAUUUCGAUGAUUUCGAGAAGGAUCUCGAGGCUUUGCUUCGUGAGCAGCAGCAAGGGAGAGCUGCUUUCGAUCAGGAGCGGGAUGAGAUCAAUAUCUUCCGGAGUGGCAGCGCUCCUCCGACGGUGGAGGGUUCAAGAACCGCUUUUGGGAGCUUGUUCGGGCACGCCGGACUUGCCCAGACCCGCCUCUUUGAUGGCCAGGAUGGCGGAGAUGUGCUGUCUGAGGAUGAGAUGCGAUCGCAUCCUGCCUAUUUAUCCUACUAUUACUCCAACGAGAAUUUGAAUCCCAGGCUUCCUCCUCCCGCGGUCUCGAAGGAGGACUGGCGUGCGGCACAGAGGUUUCGUGCUGGUUUGUUCGGAGGGAUUGGUGAUAUGAGGAGGAAGGAGUCGGGCGAUGGUGAUGGGAGCAGCAGCUCUCUCUUUUCUUUGCAGCCGGGACUCCCAGUGCGUGAUGCGGAACGGGGGAUGGUUGAGCCAAGUAGAGGGGUGCAGCAGAAGCUGUCCCAGCAGCAGUCAGCGGAGUGGCUCGAGCGGGGCGCGGAUGGGCUUAUUGGGUUGCCAGGCGUUGGGUUAGGCACAAGGAGAAAAAGCUUUGCAGAUGCCCUGCAGGAAGAACCUGGCCACCCUACUUCUGUGUCUCCGCAUAUUUCACGCCCAGUUAGUCGUAAUGCUUUUGACAAUGUUGAUCCAAUAGGAGUUCCUGAUUUGCAUCUAACACAGCUUCAUAAUGCAGCAGACACUAUAGAUGGCUGGCAAUCUGGAGCAACUUCCUCUGGUCUUGUUAGGGUCCAAAGUCUUGGUUCAUCAAUUUCUCAUUCCUUUGCAUCUGCUGUUGGAUCUUCUCUAUCCAGAAGUACAACACCUGAUCCUCAAUUAAUACAGAGGGCCCCAAGCCCCAUAGUUCCUCCUGGAGGAGGAAGGAUCAGUGAUAGUGAUAAAAAGACCGUAGUUGGAUCAAAUGGCUUAGGUGGUGUUUCCUCUUGUUUGACUGAUGGUGGUGAUUUGACAGCUGCUAUGUCUAAUUUAAGCCUAUCCAAGAACCAAAUAGCAGAUGGAGAAAGUCAUGUUCAAGGACUGCUUCAUCAAGAGUUUGCUGAUCAAUCUGAAUUGCUGUUCAAUGUGCCUAGUGAUCAUAGACAAUAUCUGCAGCAGAAAAUCACAAAUAAGUCUGAGGCAGAAUCACUAAAACCUCCAUCUAUUCCUUUUCUGGCAUACAAUGAUCUUUCCAAGAAAAAUGGUAGUGUAACAGAUCUGAAUUCACCUAAAUUAACUUCAAAUGGACAAAUCAACUUGCCAAAGCAAUCACCAUAUCCAAAUAUUUAUAAGAAAGCAGUUUCUAUUGGUUCAACCAGUUCCACAGGCUCUAAUAAUCCAUAUCAGAACUCUAAUAUGGCAAAUGUUGACUUCAUUGGAUCUAAUUCAAAAGCUUUUUCUGUCAAUCAUGGAACACCAACAAUGUUGAACAGUCAUCUUGAUGCAGGUGUAACAGUAGCAGGAGCUGCAGAAGGACCAUAUCUGAAUAUAAAUGGAAACCAAGUGGGAUCUGGUUUCCAGUUACCAAUUAUGGACCCCCUAUAUGCACAAUAUCUACAUAGCAGUUCUAAUGCUGCCAUACAUGCUGCUGCAACCUUGGAUCCUUCUUUAGGGAGGAACUAUCUUGGUACUUCACACAUGGAUUUGUCCGAGUAUCAAAAAGCAUAUCUUGGAGCAUUGCUUACGCAGCAGAAAUUGCAGUAUGGCAUGCCAUUACCUGGAAAAUCUGGUAGCUUAAAUCAUGGCUUCUUUGGCGGUCAUGCUUUUGGUCUUGGCAUGCCAUAUCCGGCAAGUCCACUAUCUAGCUCUGUUCUCUCUCCUUUGGGCUCUGGGAGUCCUGCAAUGCAAAAUGAGCGUUUGUCACGUUCCCCCUCCUUCAUGCGAAGUGCCGCUGUUGGAUCCAUGGGAUCAUGGAACCUAGAAAAUGGUGUUAUGGAAGAGAAUUAUGCAUCAUCAUUGUUGGAAGAAUUAAAAAGCAACAAAACUCGAUCUUUUGAACUCUCAGAUAUUGUAGGUCAUGUAGUUGAAUUCAGUGCGGAUCAGUAUGGAAGUCGUUUUAUUCAACAGAAACUUGAAACUGCCUCAGUCGAAGAGAAGAAUAAAAUUUUUCCUGAGAUACUUCCUCAAGCUCGUGCUUUGAUGACUGAUGUUUUUGGAAAUUAUGUUAUACAGAAAUUCUUUGAGCAUGGUACUGAAAUCCAGAGAAAGCAGCUAGCAAGUCAACUCAAGGGCCAUGUUUUGCCUCUCACUCUUCAAAUGUACGGUUGUAGAGUAAUUCAGAAGGCAUUAGAAGUCGUUGAUGUAGAUCAGCAGACUCAAAUGGUGUUAGAGCUUGAUGGAUCAAUCAUGAAAUGUGUUCGAGAUCAGAAUGGUAACCAUGUAAUCCAGAAAUGCAUCGAAUGUGUUCCCCAAGAAAGAAUCCAGUUUGUUAUAUCAUCAUUCUAUGGGCAUGUUGUUGCACUUUCCAGCCAUCCAUAUGGUUGCCGGGUCAUUCAGAGGGUCCUGGAGCACUGUAAUGAUCCAAAAACACAAAGCAUUAUGAUGGAUGAGAUCCUCCAGUCUGUGUGUUCUUUAGCACAAGACCAAUAUGGAAAUUAUGUCAUUCAACAUGUUCUGCAACAUGGUAAACCAGAAGAACGGUCUGCUAUAAUUAGCAAGCUUACCGGGCAGAUAGUAAAGAUGAGCCAGCAGAAAUUUGCUUCCAAUGUUGUUGAAAAGUGCUUGACAUAUGGGAGUCCAGAGGAACGCCAACUCCUAAUAAAUGAGAUGCUUGGUUCAACCGAUGAAAAUGAACCCUUACAGGUGAUGAUGAAAGAUCAGUUUGCUAACUAUGUUGUACAGAAGGUUCUUGAGACCUGUGAUGAUCGAAACCGUGAACUGAUCCUUUCACGCAUUAAGGUUCACUUGAACGCCUUGAAAAGGUACACGUAUGGGAAACAUAUCGUUGCCCGUGUUGAAAAGCUUAUUGCCACAGGAGAAAGGCGCAUUGGGAUCUCUUUGCAUUCUUCAUGAGAAACAGCAGGAGUUAAAGUGAUGAAACUUUUGUACAGAUAAUGAGGCUAGCUUUACCAGCUACUUAGUCUUUCUUUUCAACGUAAAAUGGGAAAGUUUGUCUUGUGGCGUUAAUGUAAAUAAAUCAUAGGCCUGUCUAAAUAAGAAUUUUGAUUCUCUUUAUGUAUAUUUGCUCCUAUAUUCAAGUUACACCUAAGGCAACAGCAAUGCCAGUAAAAAAACAUAUUUAGGUUAGGAGAUGGAGAGCAGAGGCCUGUAAAUGUUUAUUAUCAUUGAAGUGAAAGGAUACGUGAACUGCUGUAAAGAUAACAAUGUCCGAUGGAACUACUGUGAAGUGCGGGAUGCUGUUUUCUUGAGGUGGUGCCUGCAUCUAUUGGAAGAUAUUUGUCUCUA